AUGCCAAGAAUUUUUUUUUGCAAAUCUCUGAAUGAUCUCAGUACCGCGGAUUCUUACACAGAGAGAAAGAGAAAAAAAUCUAGAUUCUACGAGAUCGAAAGAGUCGUUUCAAAAAGAGUCGGUAAGGAAAAGAUUGAAUAUUUCAUCAAGUGGAAGGGCUACUCGAGCCUACAAAACUCCUGGGAGCCAGAAGAGAAUUUAAACGCCUUUGCUUUGAGGUCAUUCAACAACCCAAGGCUCACACAGCAAGAGAUUGCUGAUGCCAGUGAGGGUCUCCAUAUUGGUAUCUUGGAGCAGUUAAAAUCAAAGUCUCAAUUACCCACUGUCAUUGCUUUUAACCACACUUAUUUUAACUUUUUGUUUAAAGAUAAGGGACGGAAAAGUAAUGACAGUGGAUACAUCCUCCUUGAAAAACAGGAUUUUGUAAGAUGCCACUUUCCUAAUGGGUGGCACAGGCUAAUAGAUAGUAUAGGGGAUGGGGUGCAAAUUGACUUUCCUGUGAAGGUCAGAUUGUUUUUGUCAUGGAGUCCAAAGAUUCAUAGCUUGACAGGGGAGUCAAUUACACCUUGCCCACGAUAUAGGCCAGAAAAAUUGAGUAUUUCUUUUUGUAAAGCAGCAUGUAGCCUGACAUGAGACAAAUUA